AUGAAUUCCCAAAAAAUAACAUCAAACAAAAAUUGUGCUAGAUUGUAUCCUGUUGGUGUUCGAAAGCGAAAAAGUGGUAAGUUUGGUGCUGAAAUCAGACACCCAAUCGAAAAGAAGAAUAUUUGGCUGGGUACUUUUACCACUGUUGAUGAAGCUUCUGCAAGAUACAAGUCUAAAAAGCUUGAGUUUGAAGAAUUGAUGAUAGCUAAAAAUGCAAAAAAGGAUCAGAUUUCUGAAAAAUCUGAUAAAACAACUUGUUCUAGUGAUGGAUCUAAACAGAAGUCAUCAAUGGUUGUUACUGUAAAUUCGAAUCCAUCAAAGGGAGUUGAGGAAAAAAUCAAAGAAGAAUUUGGGAAUGAAAUGGAUGAAGAACUAUUUGAAGGGACCUGGGUGAAAAUUUCAGAGGGCAACGAAGUGAAAAUUUCACAUAAGUUAGGGGUUCCAAUUGUUGAUAACUAUGGAUAUUUGGUUGGCGAAUUUAGUGCUAUGGAUGAUCUUAGCAUAGAUAAGUAA